AGUAAACAGUAAACAAACAGGCAAACAAACAACAGUGAAACUUGCAAUGCAAGAAGAGAGGCAAGAGCGAGAGAUUUUCCCCAUUUUCCGAUUUUUCCAAACGGUACGCACAGUGCAGUUGCAAAGCGGCCACGCUGGGGAAAAUGGCCGAGCGCCGAAUGGCAUUCGGGCCGUGGCUUUUCCGCUCGGCUUUUUCCGCUUUUCCGCUAAGGAUAAGUUACUCGGCUGCUAGCCAGAUUCUGUCAUAACGGCUUCGGCACUCGUGGCGUUCGUUUCGCUUUCCCAGCAGAAAUUAGCAGAGCAAACUCCCAAUUAAUUUACAAAAAACCCGCUUUCGAAAACGUUUUUCAAGUUCAAGUUAUCACACAUUUUUUUUGCUGUGCUUUCAACGCGAGUUUUGCUUGAAGAAAAAAACAGAAAUAAUACAAAAACACUUGAAAAAUCCAAAAAGAAUUACCUACAAAUAUUUGAAUCGAGCCCGGAACCCAAAACAUAAGAAAAAAGAAAAAAACACCAGCAGUAGCAGCAGCAAAACCGGCGGCAUUUUCAAUAUGUGGUCGAUGGCAAAAUGACCCUCCUGUCGAACAUCCUCGACUGCGGAGGUGGAAUUUCCGCCCAGCGCUUCACCCGCCUGCUGCGCCAGUCCAGCUCAUCGGGAUCCCCCUCCUCUUCUUCAUCUGGAACAACAUUUGAAUCGAAAUCCAUGCUGGAGCCGACAUCAUCACACAUUCUGCCGACCGGACGAGUUCCAAUCCUGCACGAUUUUGGUUUCGAUUCCUUGACAACGGAAUCGUCCGGAAGCCAUGUCCUCGAUGGAGUUGCCAGUGUGGCCAAGAUGGCCCUGGAGCCCACGGUCAUGGACGCGGUACUGCCCGAUUUGGAUACGAAUCAGGUCCUCAGUAAUCUCAACAUCAGCGCACCAUGGAAUAUAACGCUCGCAUCAGCGGCGGCCACCAAUUUUGAGAACUGCUCGUCGCUUUUUGUCAAUUACACCCUACCACAAACGGGACUCUACUGCAAUUGGACCUGGGACACACUGCUCUGCUGGCCACCCACUCCGGCCGGAGUCCUAGCACGGAUGAAUUGUCCUGGCGGCUUUCAUGGCGUUGAUACGCGCAAAUUUGCCAUCAGAAAGUGCGAGCUGGAUGGCCGAUGGGGCAGCAGGCCAAAUGCCACGGAGGUGAGUCCGCCGGGUUGGACGGACUACGGGCCGUGCUACAAGCCGGAGAUUAUCCGCCUCAUGCAGCAAAUGGGCAGCAAGGACUUUGAUCUCUACAUAGACAUAGCCAGAAAGACUAGAACGUUGGAGAUCGUGGGCCUCUGCCUCUCCCUGUUCGCCCUGAUCGUUUCCCUGCUGAUCUUCUGCACAUUCCGCUCCCUGCGGAAUAAUCGCACCAAGAUCCACAAGAAUCUCUUCGUCGCCAUGGUGCUACAGGUGAUCAUUCGACUGACCUUAUAUCUGGAUCAGUUCCGGCGGGGAAACAAGGAGGCGGCCACCAACACAAGUCUCUCCGUCAUUGAAAACACGCCCUAUUUGUGUGAGGCCUCCUAUGUGCUUUUGGAGUACGCUCGUACCGCCAUGUUUAUGUGGAUGUUCAUCGAGGGUCUAUACCUGCACAAUAUGGUGACGGUGGCCGUUUUCCAGGGCAGUUUUCCCCUCAAGUUUUUCUCGCGACUUGGCUGGGGUUUCCCCAUUUUGAUGACCACCGUUUGGGCGAGAUGUACGGUGAUGUAUAUGGACACAUCGCUGGGCGAGUGCUUGUGGAACUAUAAUCUCACACCCUACUAUUGGAUCCUGGAGGGACCUCGACUAGCGGUUAUACUGCUGAAUUUUUGUUUCCUGGUGAAUAUUAUACGUGUGCUGGUUAUGAAGUUGCGCCAAUCUCAAGCCAGCGAUAUAGAACAGACCCGAAAGGCCGUCAGAGCAGCGAUAGUCCUACUACCACUUUUGGGUAUUACCAAUCUACUGCACCAGCUGGCUCCCCUGAAAACGGCUACGAAUUUUGCGGUCUGGUCGUAUGGCACCCACUUUCUCACCUCGUUCCAGGGUUUUUUUAUAGCACUCAUUUACUGUUUUCUGAAUGGCGAGGUCCGCGCAGUGCUGCUGAAGAGUCUGGCCACCCAGCUGUCGGUUCGCGGUCAUCCGGAGUGGGCGCCAAAGAGGGCGUCCAUGUACUCGGGUGCCUACAACACGGCACCGGAUACGGAUGCAGUGCAGCCGGCGGGCGAUCCAUCGGCCACCGGGAAGCGAAUAUCACCGCCGCAUAAAAGGCUUAAUGGAAGAAAACCGAGCAGCGCCAGCAUUGUGAUGAUCCAUGAGCCCCAGCAGCGCCAUCGUCUGAUUCCCCGGUUGCAAAACAAGGAGCGGGAAAAGAGCAAGGAUCGGGUGGAGAAGGCGGAUGCUGCGGAAACGGAUACCAAUCUGGAUCCGGCCAUUUCGCGCAUUCACAGCAAGGAAUCGGGGAUCGCGGGAAGCACAGGAUCACGGACUCGCGGCUCCAAGUGGAUCAUGGGCAUCUGCUUUCGGGGUCAAAAGGACAAAUGUGUGAUGCCAGGUUCGCAAAAGACGCAACAAAUAUUUAUGACGUCACAAUUGCCGCCGACGUCGACGCUGGCAGCGGUAGCAACAACAAUAACUACAUCAACAACAACAACCGCAGCAGCAGCAAAAACCACAAUAGCAACAAUUGCAACAAUCGCAACGAUAACAAAAUCGAAGGCAAAAGCCAAAGCGAUUGCAAAAAGUCAUCAAAUGCCGAAAGCCUAAGGCGUAUCGAUCUCUCUAUCCCUCCCUCAUGGCACUCCAUCUCGCUCUCUCUCUUUCUGUUUCCUAAGGAUAUCAUUAAAAUGAAUAAGAGAGAAAGAAGGAGCCUAGCUUAGCAUUUGCAGGCGCAACUGUACUAAACUAAACUAAUAAGCUGAAAAAAUUGCACGUUUUUUGUAUGCAGCGGCUUCGAUUAUACCGCGAUAAGUUUCGAUAUACAUACGAUAAAUAUCGAUCAAUACACAUAAUUCAAAUAUAUCCAAUAUUUUUGUAUAUUUACCAACAAAAUGUUGGAUCCAAAUUUUUUUGCAUAUACAUAUAAAGAAAAUGUGUAAUGAGUGUAUUGAUGAAUGUAAUUGUUAAUCUAUUUUUUUUUUUUUGAAUAAGCUCAAUAUACACAUAUGUAACGGUAUUUACAUAAAGCAUAUAGAAAACAUAUUUACAUACUUGGUAUUUACACUGUCGCAUGCAGAAAAAAAAAUGAUAGAAAUGUCGGAGCAUAGAUCGUAUAUUGAAUAUACAUAUAUAUUAUGUAUACACGCGCAAAGAGAGUACAAAGCACUUGGAACGGUAAAGAGGAACAAAACGAAAAAAAAAAAACGGAAAUUGAACGUAUCAUUAUGUCACAUCAUCUGAUCUCUGAUCAGGGCGAAUAUUCAAUAUUCACCUUUAACUUUAAGCUUACUAUGCAUUUUAAAUGGAAUUUUUUGUGUGUGAAAUCGCGUUAGUUUUUUAUUUCUUUUCGGUUACCUUUUCGCUUCACGCAAUUUUCAAAACUAAGAACUUAAGCCGAAUUUAAGAGAGGGAACCUUUAAACCAGAACACCCAGUGGUCAAUGGCAAACUAUUACGUGUAUAAGGCUAAAUGGAAAAUGAAUAAACAUGAUUUUAUAUGCAUACAUAUACUAUA